CAUUCCAAUUGAGACGCACAUAACAAUACAAACAUAUAUAUUAAAAAAUAUAUUAACUACAUUUAUCUAAAAUGCCAUGCUUUAAGCGAGAGAGGAAUCUAUCAGUGGGCCCGCAGCGGGGUAAGCGGGAUGGGAAAGACGUCGUGAUUAAACCAGUUCGUCCACGGUCCAUGAAAUUCCAUGGACUUCUGGGCAUGGGAUUUGCGAGCCAACAUCUCAUUGUUGACAAUAACUGGUCGCCCGAUUCGCUGAACGAGCAGUUCACAUUCAUGAAUGACUUGCUGACCCGUCGCCGCAUAUACAAUCUGCAUGAAAAGGAAGCCAACCGCAGGCGUCUCUGCAGCGAGAGUAAACGAUUGAAAGCGCAGUGCAUCGAUGGCCGCCUUAAGCUGCAGAAUAUCUCGACCGGGAAUAAUGCCCAUGAGAUACGCAACUAUUUGAUCAAACGCACAGACAUGCAGCGUCUCUACCAGAGGAUGCCCAUAGAUCAGAUCUUGGAAAAUAUCAAUCAGCGGACUUUUGUCAUGCGUAAGGAGCGAGAUCGUUUAAGUAAUCGGUUGGAUCAGCUAAAACGGAAAUAUAAUCAACUUCUGAUAGAUCGCUCCGAUAUGGAGAAUCGGAUCAUAUACGAAAACGAGUUUGUUAUAGAGGAGGAGCUCGUGUCGCGUGUGUUGCUUAAAAAAAUAGAAAACUCUAGUGUGCGGCUCAGAGCCAUUCGCACCAUUAAUACUACAUAUAAAAAAAUGGUGCAAGUUCUGUCGCAGGAUGAAAUAUUUUAUGAGCCCAUUCUGCGUUCCCUCGAUGACGACAUCGAGGAUCAGAAAAAUAUGAUUAAACAUAUCCUUUAUCUAGGCAUGCCUGCCAUUAACAAGUUUAAUGAGCUUAAUCGUGAGUUUAAACUUUUAGAUGAAAAGUCGCGGAAAAAUCUGCAGGGCAAGCUGAAAAUCUUAGCUUCAUUGCAAAAGCCUGCUGCUGUUGUGGGUCCACCGAAGGAUAAAUUGAAACCCGUCACCACCGAAGAUGCCCAACGCUAUGUGCGAGAAACGCGCAGCAUGGCAUCGCUGAAGAUGCAGUCAAAGUCCAUCGAGGAAACCAUCAAAAACUUAAAAUAUGUAACACUUUGCUCGCAAGCAAAGGAGAUUUUUCCACGCGUUAAAGGUCAAGUGCAGAACAAUAAAAGCCUUUGCAGGGAUAUCGAAAACGAUCUGCAGGCUCAUCACAUACUCAGGUCUAAAAUGAAAUACACGACUGUGCUGGACGAGGUGCUAGUAAACAAUUUAUCCGAAGAGGAAGUAAAUCGACUUGAACGCAUUCGAGAAUUGAAAAUGAUUUUAAAAAAGGAUGAGGAUUUCGAGCAAUCUGUUGUGGACCAUAUCAAUAAUUGCGCGAAUAUUUACGUAAUGUUACGCGUUAGCAUUUGGAACCUUAUUGAUAUUUUGCAAAAUGUCGAUCAUAAUCCCAGGAACUUCAAUAUUAGAUAUCCCAAUUCGUAUUUGAAGUUACCAUUGCUUAAAUUCGAAUUGUUUGGUAUGCGCGCCUUGCCGCCAGGCUUCUUCGAGCAAGACAUUGAUAAACUCAUGCAUGUUCUCAAGCGUAAGGUUUUCAAGCUGGUAAAGGCCUACAAGGUGCAAAUGGAAUCGGAGACGCGGAUCUGCCGGAAUAAAUAUCAUCAAGCUUUUUUGGCUACUCGCAAAAUGUAUUCAAAUGUCAAUGAAGACGAUGAGCACAUGGCUGUGGUUGGUCUCGACUAUGAGAAAGAGAAUGCCACGGUUCCGUCUCGAAAGCAAAUUAAAGCUUUCAGUGCCAAAGUUGUGGAAUCGGCCAGAUUCAAUGAAUACAGCUAAGAUAUUUUUUUUAAACAAACGAAAAA